AUGAGUGGUGUAUCCGGUGGUGUUGUUCCUCCGGGCGAGUUGUGCAACCGGUGGAGCUACGAUUACUCCGGUCUUGUUGAGCGGAGAGAAUUACAACCAACGAGUGGUCUUCGAAGUUUAUCAAUGCAAAACAUGCUUUGCCAAUGGGUCUUUGCCAAACCGGUCUACCAUGGUGACGUACAUCUCAGAUGCAUACAACUCUGGGAAAAUUCUGAAGUUGCGUUUCUUGGUAGGAAACAAAGUAAAGGUGCAUCAAAAUCAAGUCAAGGUGCAGCUCGUGUCUUGUCGACAAGUGGACAAUAUGUGUUUGAAUAUUAUGGUCCUCUCUCCAAGUUGUGA